AUGGCUUUAGCCAGGUGGCUGUAUGUCUUGGCUCAGGAUUGUCUCGUUGGGAAGCUUGGGGAAGGCUGUCUGGAGAAUGCAAGCAAGGAAGCCCUUGGACGAGCCCAGUCAUUUGUUAUCGUUAUGGAAAAACACAAUGUGUGCAAGCCCUUGGGUCUGCCUGGAUGCAGAAAUGACUCGGUGGUUAUGAUGUCAUCAUUUGGAGAACUUCAUUUUUCUUUUCGAUCUUCAGAGGUUAAGUGGAAACAACAGUGCGACCCCUACCGCAGUCAUACAUUGCAGAUCCCAAGGCAAAAUUUUCUCUAUGAAGCAAAAUUUCUCAUUGCCCAACAUUAUGUGAGCUUAAAAGAGAAUGAAGUUCCAGGCACUUCGAUAGAUGUUUUCAAAAAUAAAUAUCCCAAAUCAAAUUUUGUCAGAUAUGUACCUUCGAAGAUUAAAAAGACCAAAACACCUGAUGUGGUCCAAGAACACAAGGCAGUACUCCGAAGUAUUUGUUUUCCCCAGAUCCUUCCCCAAGAGGGACAUUUUAAGAAGCCAUCUGUCUUUAAUAUAAAGGAAAGGUACCCGACGGUAAAUCUUUUCACAAAAGUGAAUCUGCUCCUGCCUCCCAUCUCCUGCGACUCCGCUCUCCAGAUCUGCAUUGCUUUCUUCCCAACCAUCUCCACACCAUCUCGAAAACGAGAGAACAGAAACACCCCAGCGGAUCCUGAUGGUUUCGUCUGCUUCAAUCAUGCCUUUUAUCGCAGCCGCACUUCGUUCAGCAUCAAUGGAAAACCGAUUGCACUUUCCAUGGCCUUCUCCUCUUGUUCGCCUUCACUUUGCUACAGUGGAUUUCACUUAAUUUUUUUUGAAGGAGAUCAACAAUUUAAACUGAGUAAAAUAAUAACUGAUAUUAUACCUGUGAGUAAAAAAAUGGAGAAAGAAAAACAACUUUACCCUGGGAAACCCAGAGCAUUGGGAUCCUCACAUGCACUUGCUGCCUAUCCUAGUGUGCUUUUACAGCGUGUGACCUCAACCGAGGGAACUCAGAGAGAAACUGGGGGGUGCAUUACCUGGGCCAACGUGAACUAUGAUCCUGCUAUCUAUGCUUCCUGCAGUAGAUGGAAUGGCAAACAUGCAACCAGUGUUUGCAGGAAACGUGUGGGUGAGUAUCCGGAUAGUGUCCAGGUUCCUGACACUCUAAUGGAGGAUUGUGCAGCUUCAUCAUCCCUUCACAUAAUAAAAGAAAUACUUCUUCACGAAGCCAAGUGUUCAGGUCCUGUUCCAGAUAAAAUGCAUACAAAUUCCUUUUACCGAUGGAGCCCAUAUGGGAAAGUUUUGUGCAAAGUCAUCUCGGAUUCGGUGCCAAAUCCAGUCAUUGGUAUUCUACUCUGCCAUUUGUACACCCUACACUCUGGAAAGAGAGUAGUAUAUGAUUGGAGAGGAAUUAUGUCAGCGAGGUCUUUCCACUUGCAUGAAGAUCAGAAACUCUCUCAGUCAUCAGAAAUAUUUCGGGAUUAUUGUAUGAGAGUCUUAAGGAGAAAGAAGCUUCAACCCAUCCAGCCAGAACAAAAGCCAGAUAGGUAUAUUGUUUACAUAAAAGCAGCAAAAUUGGACAGUAAAGUUAAAAGAAUCGGACCACACUUAGACAUCUUCCAAGUCUUCGGAGGAAAUAAUAAACCAUUAAUGACCAAGAAAGUAGUUAAAAUGAUCGUCCACACACAAGCAGCUGUGAGAGGGUGGCUUGAACGCAAAAGAUUUGAAAGAGUAUCAACCAAGGCCUUGUAUCACGGACGGGAUUUGAGAUCAGUUAUGGAAAUGUAUCGGAGACUGAUCUACCGUGUGAGACAUCAGCUUGGCCUUUGGAAGACGCGACAAGUCAUGAACUUGGCAGAGCUAGAGGAGUGGAUGGACAGGAAGAAAUUCUAUGAAACCAUGUUUGCCAAGAGAGAAGACUGGAAGGGAUUGCAAAAGAGUGAGCUACUUAAGUACUUUAAUGAGUGUGGCCAUUUCCCAACCCAGAAACAAAUUGAUGAUUACUGGGAGCGAUUUCAUAAUUAUAAGCCAAGGAAACAUUCUGAAAUAAUCCAGAAGUCCCAAGUAAUUGAAAUGCUAUUUACACUCUACCCUCCUCUUGGGGCUCAUGUACGUCAAAAUGUACAACUUAAGUCAACUUGGCUCAGACCCAUUGUAGAUGGAGAGGAAGGCUACAAGUACAUAGUGAGUGGACAUCCAAUACUCAAAAGAGCUAACAUCCGGGUUGUUGGAAAGUUGGUGGCAAAAUCCAUAAGAGAAAGGAAACUGAAACAAUAGUAGAAAUCAAAAGAAGUUAAAACAAGAUAAUGCAAGAUUGAUCCUUUUUAUAGUUGAAUCUAUAUACCCACACAUACAGAUUAAGAGUGGAUAUGGAUGAGUUGGGAAUGAACAAGGAAAAAAAAACUGAAUAGGAACAAGAAGACUUUGACAAGUUAUUCCAUAAUUUCUGAAUAUCUUUGGAUG